AUGGGAAACGAUGUGAGUCAAAUUGAAAAGUAUUACGACAAGAACUCUCCGAACCCCAAUUUGGGAUAUCCCAAGUUUGGUGACUCUGUGCGUUGGAAAGGUGUUUUAAAAGUGAUUGAGAAGAAGAAAGGCAAAGACGCGUUAGUUGUUGUGACGAAGCAUCGGAUCUAUUUCUUCAAUCCCAAGGAAUUUAAAGCUCCCGUCUAUCAGUCGCACUUAUUCGACAUCGUCGAGAUCUCCAUCCCUUCAAACUCCAAAAUCGUUCUGACGUUUUCAAUCAAGAACGGGAAGAAGACCAAAACAGCAGAAUUCAACGAACAAAGUGCUUUAGAGAUGGUCAGAGCCAUUCGAACAGCUCUCCGCGACACCACAAAUAACACACAAGAAGUUUCUUUACUUAAAGUUACUGACUUUAAUAACAUCACCAAACCAAAUGAAGAAUUUACACUCAGUCCAUCAAGCGCUAUGGUCGAGGCGUAUCUCUCCGAGUGUUCCCAUUACAACGAAACCCCGAGUAUUAACCAUAUGUAUUACUUACAACGACUGUCCGUCGACAAAGACUUCGCUUUUGAUUUCUCGAAGGUCCCCGGUGUCUGCGACGAUAAGUCCCCGCUCAACUUCUCGUUGGCGAGAGCGUUUAAUGCGUUGAGUUACACGAACUGCUUCACUGAGAUCAAAUUGAGGAAUGUCAAAGUGAAGGAACUUGAUAAAGCACUUGCUUUCUUUUUACGACGAAAUGAAUAUAUUAAAGUGCUUGAAGUAGUCGACUGUUCGUCCAAGUUGGAUGUGUCCCAAUUCUCGGAAGAGUUACAAAUGAGUCCCGUGCAGAUCUUGAACUUCCAUGGGACGCAAAUAGUGAAGGGGGAGAUGCUUGGAUUAGUCAUUGGGAAGCGCGUGUACAAACUGACCAAGAUAGAUUUAGGCAAUUGUGGGAUAUCGAAAGUUGGCGAGAUGUUACGUGGGAUGAUGAUGAGUGACACUGUAUUGAAGCAUUUGAAAGCGAUGGAUGUGAGUAACAAUUCGACGAAUGACGAUACGAGCGAGCAGUUAGUCUUAUUUGCAGAGAAGUUGUCGACGAUUCAAAGUAGUAUUGAAUAUCUCAAUGUCGCGAAUAUGGCAGUUCCGUUGGAUAGAUACAUGCCAUUCAUGAAGCCCUUGCAACUGAAGUUCCUCAACAUCUCGGGCAACCGAUUUACUAAAUUGGACAAGGCAAUGGAACUCAUCUCGUACUUCCAAAACAACGAAAGUCUGAAACAGAUCUGCAUGAGUGAGAUGAAGUUUGCGACGGAUCAUAUUGUCCCUGUGUUAUCACCAAUAGCAAACAACGAACAUUUGGUUGAGAUCUCUCUCGAUCUUAAAAAUAACAACUUUGGGCUUGAUGGAGGGAUCGAGUUGUAUAAGAUCUUUCCAAGCUUUAAGAACGUCAAGAAGUUAGAUUUGAGUGGGAACAAAUUGAAAGGGAAGGCGAUGGUGAGGAUCUUAGUCUUCAUGGAGAAAUUUGAGAAGAUGGAAACGUUGUAUAUUGGGGACAACCAAAUGAGCGGGAAAGAGUUGGAGGAGUUCUUGACGGACUUGACGUCGUUUGUGGACACCCACAAGAAUUUGAAGACGUUAAAGAUCGACGGGAUCUGCGAGAAGUUUGACGACGCAUUCAAUGGGUUCUUGUACGCGAUGGAAAGGAAUAAUACGCUCCUUGCACUCGACAUCUCUGAUAAUGAACUGAAUGACUCGGCAACAAUACCACUGGGGGAAUUAUUAAUGCACAACAAGACGAUGAUAGCACUCAACUUCGAUGGAAACGAGUUUACCGGGGAAGGGUUCUUGGCACUCCGAUAUGCUAUGGAGUAUAACGACGUGUUGUCCUUUGUGGAAUACCCAUCGAAGAUGUACAAGAAAGUGGCGAAGAACUUGAGCAACGUCGAAUUGUUAGAAAGGUUCCAAGAUAGCUUCUACAACUUUUUCAAUAAGGUGAAGACUAACAAAGCAAACAACUGCUUUGCAGAUGUCCACAUUUUCAAUAUUAUCAAUUCGUAUCGUCUUCAAAUGGGAAUGCCCGAACUCGUGGAUACCGAAAAGGAACCAAAAUUAAUUGGAAAGGAAAUCGUGAAGACUGUGGAAUUCGAUUACCAGAUGCCAGAACAAUUCCAAUGCUUCGAGGAGUUGAAAAAAGACCCAUCGAUAUAUUACAGUUAA